AUGGCACAGCAUGGCCAGGACGAGGAGGGCAAGUGGCAGGACGAGAAAGAGCAAGUAGGUACCGCAGCCAUGGCCAGGAUACCCGGACACCUGCUCAACCUGUACAACGAGAUUGCUGACAAUCGCACGGGACAUCUACGGCCAAGAGCGUCCAAUGCGGAUCCAACCUUGCUGGAGAGCAUCCACAGCCUGCCCAUGAUAUCUGCCCGGCUGCUCAAUUACAGUCGCCAUUGGAUGCUUACAUUCAACAUGUCCGGUUUGAAGGCGGCCACUGAAACUGACCAGUCCGUAGCGUAUGCCACGUUGGCUAUCUACUCUCGGCACUGUCAGCCUGGCUGGCGUGAGACUGCAGCGGGUAGGCUUGUGAUGCCUACAGGCACUCAAGGGGCCGAGGACUACCAGAGAAUCAUCGCCCUGCAUUCCGGGGAUGUGCGCGAUAAGUUGUCCUACGUCGAUAGACUAUAUCAGCGACCCACGGGCGACUGCUGGCAACUGUUCAACGUCACACGCUCAGUGAAGGCGCUGCCGUCAAGCGAGAAACAAAUACAUUUUUUCAUUCAUCAACAACAAAGUAACGACGGCCUCGAUCCCAAUGAGUUUCUCCAUUUGCGUACGACUGAUGGGAAUGGCCAUAACCAGCCUGUGCUAGUGGUCCACUCUGGCAAACGAAUUCAACGACCAGACAGCGGCAGCAGGAGUAGUGGCACAGCCUCCAGGCACCGCAGGGACACAAAAGCCAGCGCAGCUGGAAGCCCAGCCAACAUCAUUGGCGAUCCGAUCAGGGACUCCGCAGACUGCGGACGUCGAAAUCGUGUGUUGAAUUUAACGCUCUGGUAUGGCGAGCAUGCCAUCCUUAUCCCGAUGCAGAUGAACAUGUAUAGAUGUGCGGGCCAUUGUAGGUUUCCUAUCCAAUCCACUAUCCGCAGUACAAACCAUGCCAGGUUUGAGUCUCGAAUGGAAGGAGAGAACAAAGCCAAAGGCGUCCAACCGGUGCUGGAAAACACCGGUGCGUGUUGCGUUCCUUCAGCGCUCAGCCAUUUCUCAUACCUUCAUUUUUAUGAACGCCACAAUUCAUUUGUGAUCAAGACCGUGCCGGAUGUAAUUGCUCAGCAGUGCAGCUGCCUGUGA